CGGAUGCUUAGUUAUUGCUUAUCCUAUCACGGACUUUGUAUAUUGUGGGUUCUACUACUGUCCAUCUUGAUUGAUGGUUCAUGAGAAGGCUCUCAAAUCUUUGGCGAAACGCUUGGAUGAAGCCGUGGAUGAAGCAAAGUUUCUGGAAAGUCUCAUACUCGAUCCUGCAAAAGCUGAAGCAUUGGCGGAAGAGGAGAUCAUCGAGGAAGGCAAGUUACCCUUACUGAAGGAGGUGAAGGAUGAAGAAGGCGUGAAGAUGGCUGGAUAUGGUGGAUGGGUGAGGAGAGUGGAGGAGGAAGAAGGCGUGAAGGUGGCUGGCUAUGCUGGAUGGGUGAAGGAGGUGGAGGAGGAAGAAGGUUUGAAGGUGGUUGGCUAUGGCGGAUGGGUGAAGGAGGUGGAUGAGGAGGUGGAUGAGGAGGUGGAUGAGGAAGAAGGUGUGAAGGUGGUUGGCUAUGCUGGAUGGGUGAAGGAGGUGGAGGAGGAAGGUGUAAAAGUGGUUCGCUACGGUGGAUGGGAAAUGGAGGUGGAGGAGGAAGGAGAUGUGAAGGUGGUUGACUAUGGUGGAUGGGUGAAGAAGGUGGAGGAGGAAGAAGGCGUGAAGGUGGCUGGCUAUGGUGGAUGGGUGAAGGAGGUGGAAUGGAGGGUGGUUGGCUAUGGUGGAUGGGUGAACGAGGUGGAGGAGGAAGAAGGUGUGAAGUUGGCUGACUAUGGUGGAUGGGUGAAGGAGGUGGAGGAGGAAGAAGGUGUGAAGGUGGUUGGAUAUGGUGGAUGGGUGAAGGAGGUGGAGGAGGAAGAAGGUGUAAAGGUGGUUGGCUAUGGUAGAUGGUGGAAGGAGGUGAAGGAGGAAGAAGGUGUGAAGGUGGUUGGUUAUGGUGAAUCGGUGGAGGAGGUGGAGGAGGAAGAAGGUUUAAAGGUGGUUUGCUAUGGCGGAUGGGUGAAGGAGGUGGAGGAGAAAGAAGGUGUGAAGAUGGUUUCCUAUGGUGAAUGGGUGAACUACGUGGAGGAAGAAGGUAUGAAGGUGGUUGGCUAUGGCGGAUGGGUGAAGAAGGCGGAGGAGGAAGAAGAUGUGAAGGUGGUUGGCUAUGGUGGAUGGGUAAGGGAGGUUGGGGAGGAAGAAGGUGUGAAGGAGGUUGGCUGUAGCGGAUGGGUGAAGGAGUUGAAGGACGAAGAAGGUGUGGAGGUGGCUGGCUAUGGUGGAUGGGUGAAGGAGUUGGAGGAGGAAGAAGGUGUAAAGGUGUCUGGCUAUGGUGGGUGGAUGAAGGAGGUGGAGGAGGAAGGAGGUGGAGGAGGAAGGAGGUGGAGGAGGAAGGAGUUCUAUGGUCGAUGGGUAAAGGAGGUGGAGGACGAAGAAGGUGUGAAGGUGGUCGGCUAUGGUGGAUGGGUGAAGAAGGUGGAGGAAGAAGAAGGUGUGAAGGUGGUUGGCUAUGGUGGAUGGGUGACGGAGGUGGAGGAGGAAGAAGGUGUGAAGGUGGUCGACUAUGGUGGAUUGGUGAAGGAGGUGGAGGAGGAAGAAAGUGUGAAGGCGGUGGACUGUGUGUCGGAUUUUGAAUUCAACGCGGAUGGUGGAUGGGUGAAGGAGGUGGAGGAGGAAAGAGGUGUGAAGGUGGUUGGCUAUGGUGGAUGGGUCAAGGAGGUGGAGGAGGAAGGUGUGAAGGUGAAGAAGGUAAAGGGGGAAAAAGGUGUGAAGGUGGUUAGGUAUGGUGGAUGGGUGAAGGAGAUGGAGGAGGGAGAAGGUGUAAAGGUGGUUGACUAUGGUGGAUAUGUGGAGGAGGUGGAGGAGGUGGAGGAGGUGGAGGAGGAAGAUGGUGUGAAGGUGGUUGGCUAUGGUGGGUGGGCGAAGGAGGUGGGGGAGGAAGCAGUCUCGAGGAAACUCGUCAAGUGUCGAAGCCUUAUCGGUCGUUGUCUUGUCAAGGAACCUCUGCUUGAUAUUUUGGAGGAAUUCUCUGAGGCUCCAGAGUUGAGCAAGGAGGAGAAAGUGGAGCAGGUGAAGGAGAAAGGCCGGAAUGCACUGAAAGAUGGUAAAGCAAGGCCUCGGAAUCCAAAUGACACCUUUGAGGGCAUGGAGAAAUGGGAGCCUAUAGACGUAUGGCGUAAAUACGGUUUUGAUUGGUCCAUCCUCAGUGGCAAUCAGCGAGAUGAUGGAGCUGGUGAAGACUCUAAGGAUAUGGAAACCAGCCUGCCAGGAGCAGUGCAGAGCCAGGCGGAGAUGGACGGAGAUGAUGGUAGUAAAGAAGAUGAUGAUAAUAAGGUUGGUGUGGAAGACCUUGGCCGCCACGUCAGAGGAACGAAGGAAGAGGGAGGAGGAGGGCUACUGCAUGUACAGGAUUCAGGCUCAGGCAUGCUGGUGGCUGGCGGUGAAGAUGAGGAUGUGGGGGCUGCCGAAUUGCCGACAGAGGGGGAGAAUUUAGGAGUGAGGCAAAUAUGGACCCUGACGAAUCGAAGCGCCCAAACAACACUGCCGAUUGGUGGGGAUGACAUACGAGAUACAGUGGAUGUAGCCAUGUUAAAGAAGGAGAUGGUCAAACUGAGACAGCAGCUCCGAUUCUGGCGAGCACGUAAAUGGAAGGAGAGGCAAGAGAACAGGGUUCGGCUUCUCAAGGCCCGUCACGGUGAGUCUAGACAUUCAAUGUCUGCUGCAUCCACGGUAAUCAUGACCCCACAAACUGUUGAAAUGCCAGCUGCUCCUCCACCGAAGGGAUUUAGCAGGAGCGGCUACCUCCACAAUCAGCACAUGAUGGCGAUGAGGAGUUCCAAGGAGUCUUCUAGAAACGUCUCUUCUCUCUCAUCGAUCAACUGGCGGGGAGAGGCACUUAAUAGCCAAGACAGCACUGCGUCCAUAGCCAGUGUGAAGAACAUCAUCCGCUCAUUGCCGAGUCCAGCUGAUUUGGAAAACAUAAUAGAUAUUAACGAGUCGGAGGAGUAUUGGAACAGAAUGUUUUCCAAGUGGGUAAGUCUUCCAACUACCCCUCCUGGAGCCUCACAGGCUAAUAAGGCAGGCAUCGCAACUGGUGGGGGACCACCUAAUUUGACAUCACUACCAAGGACAGCAUGGAAGGUAAACCUAGGCGAACCAUUCCAGUUCGAAGCCGCAUUACCCACCAAAUCAAAGUUUCAGGGUCGCGGUAACCGCGGUAGUUGGGGAGAUAACUCUCAGUCUCCAAGGAGACUUAGUCUUCUUCCUGAGUAUAAUAUGGGAGCAAUGACGAAUAUGACAAAACAGAGGUCUGGACAGCAGCAGGCGCAGUCUGGCUUCGGUCGCCGCGGCUCUGCCUUGCGGAUCCUGAGGGUGCCCCGCAGACCGGGAUCGCGAGCGUGUCGAUCAACCUUGCUCAGUGACUUGAAUCUUGGUGGGGCACUUGCGUGGAAGUUUGCGCAGGCGGAGAAGGAUGGCAAAAAGCCUCGUGCAAAAGAUGGCUCUCUAGCUGCUGCGAAUGCCCGUCAGUUGCCGAAGAUCAAUGGGUACCCUUACGAUCCGACAAAGCAGGGUGCAGGCUCAGAAAACGAUGGAACCCGAGAAACAAAAAGCGAAGGAAGUCAAGUGCAAGUACAAAAUAGAAGGAGAUCGACAUACUGGCAGGCCAAUCAAACAAAUGGGUUGCAAGCUCACAUCAAGUUAUAUCCUUUCGAUAUAGAACCAGACCAGACGCUGCAUCGGAGGGGCACCUAUCGCUCUGUUCUUCAGGAGAACCAGCCUGGUCCUACACAGUCGGGAUCUCAGCUCCAUGGAUCUGUGAAAAGAUGAGACAGGACAGAAAACUCGAGAAGGGAUGGGGGAUGCCCAAGACCGCGCAACCCGCAACAAAACUGUGGGUCUCGC